AUGAAGGUGUUUGUCGCGGCAGGCGACACACAAGUGGUCGAUGCAAUCCUCCAGGCGAUAAAUCGGUCUCUAGAAGCCAUGACACAAAGCCUCAGCGGCGCAGCCCUCAUUUGGAAGGCUAUCUUUACUAACGACAUUAACAAGCCCUCUCUAAACUUCAUAUUAAACCAUCUACCUGAACUGGGCCAGUUCUUAUAUGACUUGAUCAGACCAGGGACCGUCUUGGGUCGAUUUCCGUCCACUGACGGUCCGCCAGAGAGCUUUGAUGCUGAGUUCCCAGGCAUAGACAAUCCGUACAAUGAACUCGACUUAUGGCUACCGGAGAACAGAAACGCUGUGGUUUGCCAAGCACAGCGGGUAGCUUUGACCAUUGUUGCCAUUCUGAAGUUGGGCAGAGGAAAAAUGCCAAACGGACUCGACGAUGUUCAACUAAACGUCAGUCUACGCAGCGACUUUGAUGCAAAUGCCAACCCUCCGUCACCAACAUACAUCUCAGCGCUUCACGGCGGGCCGCUGUCCCCACCAAAUGAGAAAUGGCUCUUCAUCAACGGCAUUGCAAACGAAUUCUUUUGGUUUCAACGGUCGUGCGACAAGAUCCGCGACACCUUCAACAGAGAAGUCACAGGAGUAUAUAACAGAAGCGACGGUAUCCUCUGGGACUUUAUUGAAUGUUGCAGCGAACGCAGGGACGGUGAGCCAAAUACUCUUAUCGAAGGGACACAGAGUAGCAAGGCUGCUCAGAAGGCCCUCGAGCAAGAGCUUAGGGCUGCCCUAUGGCCUACCGCUGCUAAGGUCCCCGACAAAGUCGUCAUGAUUGCGCACUCUCAGGGUUGCCUGAUCUUGCGCCUGGCACUACAGACGCUGGUAACAGAGACUCCAAAAGGCUCCCCUCAAAGACGAAUAAUUAAGGAAAGGCUAAGAAUAUUCACCUUUGGAAACCCAAGUAUCGACUGGAAGGUGAUAGAUGGGACUGAACAGCCUUUGAGCAAAUACGUCUACACUACAGAGCAUUUUGCGAACGAAACCGACUUUGUGGCCAUGCUGGGCGUUGUCAUGCACCGCGACGACAAGGGCUCGGGUUAUGACCCAAAUAUGGUUUUCUAUAGCAAGACGGGAAAGGCGCAUCUAUUCGGUGCACAUUAUUCUCUCGGGGUUGAUGCUUAUCAUGGUGGGGAGAAUUCGCAGUUGUUGAAAGCCGUGAAUGGAACAGAGAUAGCUUGA